AUGCUUGGAACUGUCACAAGGACGGCACGUGCUGACCUCAAAUCGAGCCAGCUCACUUUGGAGCACUUCCUUAUGCGAUCCCGCACCCUCUCUCUGUACCGCAAGUACCUUCGGGCCACAAGAGACAUUCCGAAUCCUCUCGCACGAUGGGAGACCAUUCAAUUCUUCCGAGACGACGUUCAACGCUUCCAAAAUGAGACAGACCUAGAAAGGAUCAAGGACCUUCUCAUGCAGGGUCAUCGCUUCCUCAAACAGAUGCAGGGCCAGAUGACUCUCGCAGGCGCUUCGUCCGACGGUGUAGCCAACAAGCUUCGAGGCACACGGCAGCUCUAG